AUGGAGAACAGGGAGGAGAAACUCCACCGGCAGAACCUUGCGGAAAAGGCUGUUUUGAAGGGCUCCAUGGAGCAGGGGGUCAACGGGGAGGAAAAGCCAAGAAGAUGCCCCACGGGGAGAGGUUGCAAACCCACCCCACGAAACUCUGAGGAGGAGAGACCGACCAUCUGCGAGGAAUGUGGCCGGAGCUUCAGCCGUAGCUCCAACCUGGCAGUCCACCAGCGGUUGCACGCCGGUGAGAAGCCCUACAAGUGCUUGGAGUGCGGGAAGAGCUUCAGCCGUAGCUCCCAUCUCAUCACCCAUCAACGUCUGCACACCGGGGAGAAGCCCUACAAGUGUCCCGAUUGCGGGAAGAGCUUCAGCGACAGCUCCACACUCAUCACCCACCAACGCUUGCACACCGGCGAGAAGCCCUACAAAUGCCCUGAUUGCGGGAAGGGCUUCAACCAGAGCUCCAACCUCACGUCCCACCAACGUACCCAUACCGGGGAGAGACCCUACAAGUGCCCCGAGUGCGGGAAGAGCUUCAGCGUCAGCUCCUACCUGAUCCGCCACCAGAAGAUCCACACCGGGGAGAGACCCUAUAAGUGUGAGGAGUGCGAGAAGACGUUCAGCCAGAGCUCCAGCCUCGUCAUCCACCAGCGUGUCCACACCGGGGAGAAGCCCUAUAGAUGCGUUGACUGCGGGAAGUGGUUUAGGAAUAGCUCGGACCUCAUCAGGCAUCAGCGGACACAUACGGGUGAGAGACCCUACCGUUGCCCCGACUGCGGGAAGAGCUUCAACCGCAGCUCCAACCUGAUGACCCACCAACGCAUCCACACCGGGGAGAAGCCCUAUGAGUGUCCCGAAUGCGGUAGGAGCUUCACCGUGAGCUCUGCCUUGAUUAAACACCAAAGGACCCACCGGGAAGGGAAGCCCUACGAGUGCCCCGACUGCGGGAAGAGCUUUAUCCGCUGUUCAAAUUUCAUUACCCAUCGGAGGACCCAUGUUGGGUAGAGACCUGGUGACCCACGUUUGGUAGAGACCUGGCUGGUGGUCCCCACAUCUUCUCGAUUCCCCGUAGAGACCUGGAUGAACGCAGCUUAG